AUGGGGGGGGCUUUGCCCGGCAUUUGGGGGUUCACCAAGCAUGGCGGGGGUGUCUUUUUGAGGGAGGGGCUCACCUGCCCUCCCGGUGCUUCUCCAGCCCACCGGUGGCUUUACCGAGAGGUGGGUGACAUCUUGGUGCUCAAGUACCUCUCGUGGACCAUGUACCCCACGGCGCUGGCUGCCUUCUCCACCGGCUUCUCCCAGAGCAUCACCCCGCACUCGGGAGGGUCCCCCACGCGGGGGGGCACCGUCCGCAGAGCCCAGCUGGUCACCUUCCUCCAGAGCCACAAGCACCCCCAGGCACCCCCAGGGGAGAAGCUGGCCGCCGCGGGGACGCUUGGGGACAACUGUGCCAUUGAGCCCGUCAUGCUACAGUUCUCGCCGUGGACCUCCCUGCACCAGGAGGGGACGCAGCAGGGUGGCUUUGUCCCCACACGUCCCCGUCGUCACCUCCCCAAGGCCCAUCACCUCUUCGAGCUGCUGAAGCUGCAGCGCAUCUUCGUCACCCGUUUUGGGGAGCUGGUGGGAGCCGUCACUUUUCUGAGAAGUUACCUAGAAAACGGGAUCUAUCUGAGAUUGUGCUCAGAAAGCAUCGCCGCGAUUUAUAAGAGCGACCUCAGGAUUGAUUUCCCCUUCGACCUCCUGGAGACCUUCUUUUUUGCGGUUUUGGGGGCUGUCUGCGGGCUCCUGGGCUGUGCCUACCUCUUCUGCCAGCGCUGGCUGCUGGCGGCCGUCAGGGAGAACCGGCUCACGGCCAAGCUGCUGGCCACCGAGUCCGCAAUCGGGCGCUUGCUGGGGGAGACGGUGGCCUGGCUCUUCCCCCGGGGUCUCCGUUCGGAGGGGGACCUGCGCCCCGUCAUCCCCGGCGGCUACGCCCUGGCCGGCGCUGCCGCCUUCUCGGGCUCGGUGACCCACGCCAUCUCCACGCUGCUGCUGGUGUGCGAGGCCACCGGUCACCUGAGCCACGUCCUCCCCGUCGUGCUGGCCGUGCUGGUGGCCAACGCCAUCACCCAGAAGCAUCAACCCUCCUUCUACGACGGCACCAUCAUCGUCAAGAAGCUGCCCUACCUCCCCCCCAUCCGCAGCCGGCACAUGGCCUCCUACCAAGUGGUGGUGGAGGAGUUCAUGGAGCACCGGGUGGUGGCCUUGGCCAAGGGCGAUGGCUUCGAGGAGGUGCUGGUGGCCUUGGACGCCUCCGCUGACGCCGAGUACCCCGUGGUGGAGGGCACAGGGUCACCCACGCUGGUGGGCACCGUCCGCAGAGCCCAGCUGGUCACCUUCCUCCCGGGGAAUGUCGAAUUUUAUCCCGUCCCUCGGGCCAGCAACGCCAACGCCACGGAAGCGGCUUCCUCUCCCAGCACAUCCCCGUCCCCCUGGGAGCUGGGAGGGGAUGGCUGGGGAGAGCAGGGGGACACCAAGAGGGCACCCCAGAGGGACGGCAUGGGGAUAGCAACCAAGGGGACAGCAUGGGGAUAG